GCGCGUCUCACCCCUGGCGACCCCGGAAGUGGGUCGGGGGUUGGCCACUGCCCGGCCACAGAGCCGGAGGUGGAGGUACUAUCCCGUCCGGCGGCGAACCCCGGGCAGGGCCGGGGGCUGGGGUUUCAAGAUGCUGAACGUCCCUUCCCAGUCUUUCCCGGCCCCCAGGUCGCAGCAGCGUGUAGCCUUCGGGGGGCGUAGCAAGGUACCUUUAAAACAGGGCAGAAGCCUUAUGGAUUGGAUUCGACUGACCAAAAGUGGAAAGGAUCUAACAGGAUUAAAAGGCAGGUUAAUUGAAGUAACUGAAGAAGAACUUAAGAAACACAACAAAAAAGAUGAUUGUUGGAUAUGCAUAAGAGGUUUCGUUUAUAAUGUCAGCCCUUAUAUGGAGUAUCAUCCUGGUGGAGAAGAUGAACUAAUGAGAGCAGCAGGAUCAGAUGGUACUGAACUUUUUGAUCAGGUUCAUCGUUGGGUCAAUUAUGAAUCCAUGCUGAAAGAAUGCCUCGUUGGCAGAAUGGCAAUUAAACCUGCUGUUCUGAAAGACUAUCGUGAGGAAGAAAAGAAAGUCUUAAAUGGCAUGCUUCCCAAGAGCCAAGUUCCAGAUACACUUGCCAAAGAAGGUCCUAGUUAUCCAAGCUAUGAUUGGUUUCAAACAAACUCUUUAGUCACCAUUGCCAUAUAUACUAAACAGAAGGAUAUCAAUUUAGACUCAAUAAUAGUUGAUCAUCAGGAUGAUUCCUUUAGAGCAGAAACAAUUAUUAAGGAUUGUUUAUAUCUUAUACAUAUUGGGCUAAGCCAUGAGGUUCAGGAAGAUUUUUCUGUGCGGGUUGUUGAGAGUGUGGGAAAAAUAGAGAUUGUUCUAAAAAAAAAAGAGAAUACUUCUUGGGACUUUCUUGGCCAUCCCCUGGAGAAUCAUAAUUCACUUAUUCCAAGGAAAGAUACAGGUUUGUACUACAGAAAGUGCCAGUUAAUUUCCAAGGAAAAUGUUACUCAUGAUACGAGGCUUUUCUGUUUGAUGCUGCCACCAAGCACUCAUCUUCAAGUGCCCAUUGGGCAACAUGUUUACCUCAAGCUACCUAUUACAGGUACAGAAAUAGUAAAGCCAUAUACACCUGUAUCUGGUUCCUUACUGUCAGAGUUCAAGGAACCAGUUCUUCCCAACAAUAAAUACAUCUAUUUUUUGAUAAAAAUCUAUCACACUGGACUCUUCACACCAGAGCUUGAUCGUCUUCAGAUUGGAGAUUUUGUUUCUGUAAGCAGUCCUGAGGGCAAUUUUAAAAUAUCCAAGUUCCAAGAAUUAGAAGAUCUCUUUUUGUUGGCAGCUGGAACAGGCUUCACACCAAUGGUUAAAAUACUGAAUUAUGCUUUGACUGAUAUACCCAGUCUCAGGAAAGUGAAGCUGAUGUUCUUCAAUAAAACAGAGGAUGAUAUAAUUUGGAGAAGCCAGUUGGAGAAAUUAGCAUUUAAAGAUAAAAGACUGGAUGUUGAAUUUGUUCUCUCAGCACCUAUUUCUGAAUGGAAUGGCAAACAGGGACAUAUUUCACCAGCUCUUCUUUCUGAAUUUUUGAAAAGAAAUUUGGACAAAUCCAAAGUUCUCGUCUGCAUUUGUGGACCAGUGCCAUUUACAGAACAAGGAGUAAGGUUGCUGCAGGAUCUCAACUUUUCCAAAAAUGAGAUCCAUAGUUUUACAGCAUAAUGAAGAGCUGUCAUUGUCCUUUAUUCAACUAGUUUAUCUAAAUUUGUGAUUGCUUAGGGUUUUUUAAGAGAACAUUUUUGUACAUAAUAAAAGGUUAACUAGAAUCCAGGCUUCAGUUUCUUAAAUGAAAUCAAAUGUUCCUUCUGUAUAGGUAACUUCUUGGCUUUCUUUUGUACCAUAACUUAUUUUACUACUGAUAGUUGACCUGGACAGUUAAUCAUGGCAACAAAUACAUACAGGAUUCUUUGUUAUGAAUCACAAAUUUCCUUGCCAUUUAAAUUAUAUCACUGUUCUACAAUAAGCACUUGUGUUUUAUGAUAUGGUAAAGUAAAUGAUGACUUCGAUCAUAUUUCUAUGCUGUAAAAUGUCUUAUAAGCAAUACAGAUUAAAUUUUACAUUGCACUGUUAACUCAGGAAAUGAUCAUUUAUGUCCUUGUUAUUAAUAUUAACACAUAGAAUGUUAUAACUUAUUAACUUAUCCAAACAUUUUUGUGUGUGUGUAUGGCACUGAUGCAGAAUAGAAUAAAAUUAUACUUAAGUUCUUUU